GUUCCAAGAAGGGUUAUCUCCAUUCUGUUGUAUUGGAGUUAAACCCAGACUGGGCUCGUUGUUAUUUCUGUGGAGAUAAUAUUACACCUUUAACUCUUCCUUCUUCUGCCAAUCCUCAAGUUAACAUGGUCGAUUUGACUGGAGACAGCCCAAUCCCACCUACACAGGCACGAUCACGACAACUCCAGCAUGCACCUGCACCUGCAAUGACUAUCCCUUCCUACAAUCCUGCUCAACUGGAAUCCGCUGUCAAUCAGGGCAACCAAAGCCGAAAUCUCCACGCCCAAGCUACUCGAACGAAGCCGAUACCUAAUACACCCAUUGAGUUGUCAAUUACCUUAUAUACAGCAGCAUAUAAGUGUAAACCAAGCGGUCAAUUGGAGAUCAGGAAGUGGCAGCCUGGAUCUCCUAGUGUUGCUACGAAAGUUAGCAAUUGUUUUGUUACAAACGCAACACACAACUAUCCUUCACAUGCCGACUUUGUAAAGUCAGUUGCAGGACGUGCAACAACUGAUGCAACAUAUCGGGCUGUUAACUGGGAGUUCAUUUCUGCUUGCAUCUGUAACAGUUCUCAAAGUAUUGUUUUCUUUUCUCAGGAGGUUCUUGAGACAACUUCUCUUGCUGCAUUUCUUACUGCAAUCAAUCCUCAAGGUCCGGUUCCAACCAAGGCCAAUCUUUCACUUCUUUAUGCUUAUGAAGCGAAAGAGGAGGAAUCUGACAUGAUCACUCCUGUUCCAGUGCAAAAGAAUAAGUCAAAGGCGAAAAGAAACUAUCUCUUCCUAUACAAAGCAAUCCCCCAACACAAUCUCCAAUCAAUCGCAAACGAAAGGCAUCUACACAAGCAGCUCCAACAACGGAGAGGAAGGUGAAGAUAGACACGAAAAAGGAGGAGGUGUUGGUCUUACUAGAGAAGUCUAAUGGAGAAGAUGAUUUUGCUGCAUUCUUCGAUACGGAUGUGGAUGGAUCGGAUUUGAAUGGACGAGAUGAAAUAGUUGUGGAAGUAGCUGGGCAAGGUAAUGAGGAUUUAGAGGCAUUUGUGUCAG